AUGGAGAUUUUAAUCUUGGUGAUCUUACUGUUCGUGGGGGUUGCUGUUUUAGUAGUAAUCCAUGUGUGUAUCGGUGGGAGAGCAUUCAACAGAGGCAAUGAUCAAGGUGUUAAUCUGGUUCAAAGAAGCAGCAUUGUUGGGAUAAAAAACAUGUCCAAUGAGGAACUGAACAUGCCGCCUUGCUUCGACUACACGGCAGAAGAGAAAGGGACCACUACCAACCACCCUGUGGAUUGUGCAGUUUGCUUGGAAAGUUUCAAGGGAGGAGAAAAAUGCAGUUUGUUGCCAAAUUGCAGGCACAGCUUCCAUGCUCAAUGCAUAGACUCGUGGUUGCUGAAGACUAUGGUUUGUCCGGUGUGUCAGACUCGUGCUAAAACUCCAAAUAUUGAUGUGAGUUUGGGAGGGGGGAGUGGUGUUUCCGGCGAUUGUUGA